AUGUUCCCUGUGUGAAACUGAACCCAAACAGAAAGGGGAUAAGGAGCAAGAGCGAGCAACGAAAGAAGAGAGAAAGAAAAAAACAUGGCUUCCACUUCCAUUAACACUUUCACUGGUUUUGUUGGAUGGAAAUCUUCUUCUUUGUUUCCACAUUCUAAUGCCUUAAACGCUACACUCUCACUCCCUUUCAAACCAAAACCGCACUUCUCCGUCACUUGCUCUGCCUCUUCUUCCGAUCCUCUGCUGGUGAAGGCUGCCAGAGGAGAACCUGUUAGUCGGCCACCAGCAUGGAUGAUGCGCCAGGCGGGAAGGUACAUGGCUGUUUACAGAAAGCUUGCUGAGAAAUAUCCAUCCUUUCGAGAGAGGUCGGAGACAACUGAUCUCAUUGUGGAAAUUUCUUUGCAGCCUUGGAAUGCCUUUAGGCCUGAUGGAGUGAUCAUUUUCUCUGACAUCCUUACGCCUCUUCCUGCAUUUGGGGUCGAAUUCGACAUUGAAGACGUAAGGGGUCCUGUUAUUCAGUCCCCAAUACGCUCCGAGGAGGGACUAAAGGCUCUGCAUCCAAUUGACCUGGAAAAGCUCAGUUUUGUUGGAGAUUCACUCAAGAUACUGCGCAAGGAGGUUGGUGGUGAUGCUGCCGUUUUAGGUUUUGUGGGAGCACCUUGGACAAUAGCAACAUAUAUAGUGGAAGGGGGUACAACACGCACCUAUACAACCAUUAAGAGUAUGUGCCAUACAGCACCACAUUUAUUGCGGACUCUGCUCUCUCAUUUGGCGCAAGCAAUAGCAGAUUAUGUUGUUUUCCAAGUGGAGUCUGGGGCUCACUGCAUACAAAUAUUUGAUUCAUGGGGUGGACAACUACCACCUGAUAUGUGGGAAUGCUGGUCAAAGCCUUAUAUCAAAGAGAUUGUAGAUUUGGUCAAGAAAAGAUGCCCCGAGACACCGAUUGUUCUUUAUAUAAAUGGAAAUGGUGGCCUGCUUGAGCGUAUGAAAGAUACUGGAGUUGAUGUUAUUGGGCUGGACUGGACUGUGGAUAUGGCAGAUGGAAGAAGAAGAUUGGGUAGUGGAAUAGGUGUGCAGGGAAAUGUGGACCCUGCCUACUUAUUCUCCCCACUUCCUGCUCUCACUGAAGAAAUUCAGAGGGUUGUGAGGUGUGCUGGGCCUAGACGGCACAUCCUUAAUCUCGGGCAUGGUGUUCUUGUUGGCACACCUGAAGAAGCUGUUGCACAUUUCUUUGAAGUUGCUAGGAGCUUGAAGUUUGAUACACUUUUUCAAAACAAAUCUGCAGAAGAUCCUAGAUUGGUAGCUUAAGGACAAAUGCCACAUUAUCUAUGCCAUGUGUAUUGCUUUGGUCUUUGGUGAGUGUAGAAUAGAGCAGGCUAGUCCCUCCUCAUUCUUCUGUAACUUUGUGAUGAUUAGAGGUUGAGGAUUUGCACAUUGAAGUGCCGGCUAACUGAUCAAACUAGAUGCAUUUUCAUUUUGUAUUCUUCUGUAUUUAUUGUGGAAUAUGAUAAUCCAAUGAGGUUCCCUUCCAAA